UUAAAUCAAGUUCAUUUACACGUGUGGUAGAUGCCAUGAAAGAUAAGUUUGGGGUUACGUGCUCGGUAGACCAUGUGGAAAAUCAUCUAAGAACAGUGCGAUCAUCUUGGUCCACCAUAGUAAAAAUUCGUGAAAAAAGUGGAUUUGGCUGGGAUGAUACUUUGAAGAUGAUAACGGCCAGUCCUAGUGUGUAUCAUGCCUAUAUCCAGAAAAAUCCAGGUCAUGACAAGUAUAUCCAGAAUAAAAUCGAGUUGUAUGAUGAAAUGGCUGUUGUGGUUGGGAAAGAUCUGGCCACCGGGUCUUUUGCAAAAUCAUUUGUCGAUGUGAAUUUGGAAACUCCAUUUGUUCCUAAGACAAGUGUGGAGACAAGUGAAGAGACAAGUGUAGAACAAAAGGAUGUGACUAGUGCAAGAUCCUCAGAAGUGAGAGCAACAUCAUCGGGAACCAAACAACAUCGUAAAAGAAAUCGCAGCAAUGAAGACAUUGAAAAGAUGUCUCAACAACUUGGAGAAGUGGCAGCUGCUUUGAACAAAAUUAGUGCAAACAAGCUUGAUGUCAACCAACUACAUGAAGAGAUUAUGAAUAUAGAAGGGUAUAGCGAAGAAUUUCUGGACUUGGUAUUCGAGCAUUUGGUGCAAAAUGAGAAGCUAGGAAAAGCAUUUAUGGCGAAGAGUCAAAGACUUCGUUUGAUUUCUCUCGAGAGGUUCAAGAAAGAUUGGGGCGUUGAAUAAAGUACUUUGAAGUUGCAAAUUCUACUUCGAUGGCAUGAGAGGAGUUUUGGUUGUCUUUAGCGAAGUUUUGUAUAUUCUGUAGCAAGCAUGCUUAUUCCAUGGUACAUGGGUUUAGUAUGCAAUCUGAAGUGCAUGUAACUGAAUUUUGUUUUCUUUAGGAAGGAGGACAAU